AUCCACACAAUUUCCAACUCAGUGUGUUGCUCUCUCCAUCCUCCGCCCAGCUGUUACAUCGCGUCAAGCGUCGUGCGUGUUAACCAUCACGACGCGUCUUUUCUUUUCUUUCUUUUUUUUUUCUUUUUAAUGUUAAGUGAUGUAGAAAGUGAUUCACCCCCAAGGAGGAGCUUAUUUAGGAGCGCGGAGAACCCGGAGGAGGAGAAGGAGGAGGAGGAGGAGGAGGACAGCACUGAGACCGUGGUGCUGCGUGGGGGAGGUUCUGGUCGGUGCGUAGUUUCUCAGCUCUUUCUGUCUCCCUCUCCUCUCCGGGUUUUCCGCGGAUCUGUCGUUUCAGCGGCGCGGUGUGGGAGAGCACGUCCGGGAUGGAGCGGAUGGAGUCAAUGGAGCCGAUCUCGGCGUGCUACAAGACGGCAUACCCGGAGAUCAACCCCGACAGCGGCUACGGCUCCGGAGAGAACACGGAGAACCAGGCGAAGACCCCGCCAGCCCCGAGCUACGACGAAGACCUGGUGCAUAAGACAAUCUUGGUCGGGGACAGCGGCGUAGGGAAGACCUCUCUUCUGGUUCAGUUUGACCAGGGCAAAUUCAUCCCAGGCUCCUUUUCUGCCACAGUUGGAAUUGGAUUCACGAAUAAAGAGGUAACUGUUGACAACGUAAAAGUCAAACUACAGAUUUGGGACACAGCAGGACAGGAACGCUUCAGAAGUGUGACUCACGCAUAUUACAGAGACGCACAUGCUUUGCUGCUUCUGUAUGACAUCACCAACAAAUCGUCGUUCGACAACAUCAGGGCGUGGUUAACAGAAAUCCAUGAGUAUGCACAGACCGACGUAGUCAUCAUGUUGCUGGGCAACAAGGCCGACAUGAGCAGCGAACGGGCGAUCAGGAGAGACGAAGGAGAGAGGCUGGCCAGAGAGUAUUCGGUCCCUUUCAUGGAGACGAGCGCCAAGACGGGAGUCAACGUAGAGCUCGCCUUCACAGCCGUAGCCAAGGAGCUGAAGCACCGGGCCAUCCAGCACCCCAAUGAGCCCAAGUUCCAAAUUCACGAAUACAUCGAGUCACAGAAGGAGAAGUCCGGCUGCUGCAGCUACUUCUGAGUCUCCCCUCCAAACACAGGGUACGCAGAGAGCCGCUGAGUGGGAGGAACCUCCCUGCCACUCCCAAAAAUUUUCGCUGCCAUUCAUGGGAUAUAAAAAUUCACAAGUACGUCCUCGGAAGAGUCGAGGAGAACAUGGAGCCAGGUAUCAACGUGGACGAUCCACAGUUUAACUUCUGCCAAGAAGAGAUUCUCCAAACUCUCUUGUCAUCAGAAGCUCACGCUUCGCGAUGUACAAACCGCAUUUUUAAUCUAAGGGAACAUUGCCUUAUGAAUUUCUGUACUUAGCUAGCGGCUGACUUUCAGAGCGUGAGCACAACUUUAGCCAAAUUGUUGAAGGUAUGCCUUUAAACAGCUGCAAAACUCACAUCGUGUGCAAUGCUAUGCAAAAGUAUCCGUACCCCUUACAGCCAAAAUCAUCUGUAUAUUUAUUUUAUUCACGCUUUUGGCGGCAGACCAACACAAGAUGUACUUAAUUGCCAUAUGGAGAAAAAAUAAUGAAACCUUUACUAGUAAAAAUCCAAAAAGUCUUGAAAGUGUGCACUGGGCUUUGACUGGGCCACUCUAACACAUAAAUAUCAUGUGUUUAGAGUUAUUGUCCUGGUUGAUGGUGAAACAUUAGGGUGGUUUCUGAAGACAGUUGAUUACAUUGCAAUUUUUAGUCACAACAGAGUAAAGGGGUCCAAGUUCAAACGUGCGGCAUACUUUUCAGAUUUUAUUUUGAAUGCAUUGUUUUUCUUCCACUUCGGAAUUUCUUGCUUGUUUUAUUUGACUCACUGCAUAAAGUCAAACAUGAAACAUGAAAAUGAAACUUUAGGCACAGCAUUUUCUGCUGGGAGGAUGUACAGUAACGCCAGCCUGUGUGGAUAUCCUCCCAUGGAUACCGUAAUAACUGGGUCAUAGACUAAAGUCUAGCCUCUAGCUUACCAAAUAAGUCCCUUUUAUUGAGAAGCCAUGACACAAACGACACUCAGUUUGUACGUACUUGCAAAUUAUUGUGAUGCUAAUAUUACCAUGGAUUACCAUGGGUUAGACAUUUGUAAUAUAGCUGGUUUACAGACGUCUUACUUUAUGACGGUUGUCUGCGUGGACAAUGUUUUGGUGUAUUUUUGUUUCGUUGUUGUUUCAAAUGCAGCUAAUUGCAUCGCAAGGCACUGUCGGCGAGACUCCUUUUGCCAACUUUAUGUUAUUUUGCGUGUGUUGAAAAAUGCAAAUAUGCUAAAAAAAGACAAAAUAAAACAAACAAAAAAAACAGAGACAAACCAGCUUCUUACUACGAAUG